AGAACUUUUGUGCUAUUUACUUUAUAACUAUUUAAAACAAUAUUUCUUCUCAUCAACAGGUCACAACAUAUACAUUUAAAAUAUGGCGAUUCUGAGCCACCUAUCGAUCCUCCACCUCCUCUGGGCUGCUUUGGUCUUUUGUCAGUAUGAAGACUAUGAUUUUGAGGAUGAAUAUGGUGGGGAGCCAGAUCAUCAACUUCCAUAUUAUUUUAACCCAAACACCCAAGUUGAAGUUCCUCAUUUUCCUUUCCCAGUUGAGUGUGCCAAGGAAUGCUUUUGUCCACCAGCUUUUCCUUUAUCCAUGUACUGUGAUCACCGGAAACUCAAGACAAUACCAAACAUCCCCAGUCACGUCCAACAACUUUAUCUGCAAAACAACCACAUUGAAGCUGUGCCUGCAGGACCAUUCACUAAUGUUACCUUCAUAAGGGAAAUUAACCUCAGCUACAACAAUAUUAAAUUCCAUAUGAUUGACCAUGGUGUUUUUGCCAAACUUUCAAACCUAGUGCAACUUCAUUUACAACAUAAUGAAUUAGAAGAAUUUCCAUUCCCUUUGCCCAGCUCUCUAGAGAGACUCCUCCUUGGUUUCAAUAAAAUUUCCCAGUUACCUAGAAAUGCACUGGAAGGACUGCCUAACAUGACCAUGCUUGACUUUUGCAAUAACUUGCUUGAUGACUCGGUAUUCAAAGAAAAACCCUUUUCAAACAUGAAAAAUUUAAUGCAGCUCAACUUAUGCAACAACAAAUUACAGACAAUGCCUCCUGACCUGCCGCCAUCACUUCAGCAUCUUUCUCUUGAAAAUAACUCCAUUUCUCAUAUUCCAGAAAACUAUUUCAACAGACUUCCCCAAAUCACUGCUCUAAGAAUGUCCCACAAUAACCUGCAGAACAUUCCACACAACACCUUUAAUCUACCCAACCUUCUAGAACUUAAUCUUGGACAUAACAAAUUGAAACAAGUGUUCUACAUUCCAAGAAGUCUGCAGCAUUUGUACAUUGAAGGCAAUGAAAUUGAAAACAUCAACGUUACUGUGAUGUGUCCAACUCUGGACCCACUGAACAUCAAGCAGUUGACCUACAUACGGGUGGACCAGAACAAGCUCACGAGCCCCAUCAGCACCUACGCCUUCUUCUGCUUCCCUCUCAUCAGAACUAUUUAUUAUGGAGAGCAAAAUGUCACUGUCAACAGGCCAACUCAGCUCAGAACACCCGUGUUCCGGCGGUUUCUAACACCAGAGGAAUUCCAGGAAGCAGAAGACAAUCAUGAAACGCUCAAUCAAGAAACAGAAGAAGAUCAUCAAGCAGAAGACAACUAUUUUCAUCCUUAUUAUCACUGAAGUAAUCAUGGUUAAUGAGUAUAUAUGGAAACUUUUCAUUAGUCUGGGCUAUUCAUCUCUAUCCUAUAACAGCUGGGCAGUUUGGGAUAUUCAAGAUGCAUCUAUAAAGUGGAGAUAGGAGUUUAAAAUAGGUAAAUGUCCUAUUAUUGGUGUAGUAAAAAACAAUACUAGGAACAAAGAUCACUCACCUGAGCAUUAGACAAAAGUCUGACAUAUUACCUGGGUUGAUGAUGGGCUCACCUUUGGGUGAGCAGCCAAAGUAAAAAAAAACUGUUUUAAAGUGAUCCAGUUGCAAAAUGACUAAAAUACAAAAUCAGUGUCAUAAUUCAAUAGGAACACGUGAUUAAGGCCAAAAAUCCAUCCAGCUCUACAUCCUGUUGCUGACAGCAGAAGCAAAGAGAUGCACUAGAGAAAAGGACAUGAGACUGAGAGUACAAAAUACCUCCACAAGGUCCCUCCACAUCUCCCAGAAAUAGAUAUUUCUUCUUCCAAUUUCAAACUGGACAAGGACAUCACAAAUAUGGAGCUUCAAAUGUUCCCCAUAUUAAGUUUCAAGUGUCCUGACAAGCUAUAUUAUAAUAUUCACUUCUUUGGCUGUCCUUUAAAUAUCAGUCUUUCAAAGGAGAUUUCAGUUCAUUACUAAUACAGGCAACAAACAAUCUUUCACCAGGCUGCUGGAAUCUAGGGAAAAGCAUGUGCAUUGCACAACUAAACCAUAAGCAUUUAUAUUUUCCCUGUGCUUCAGCCCAUGUUAUUUUAGAAGACACAUAGAAAUGUAAUGUAAUCUUUGCAUAUAGAAUUAUUCAUCAAGUAGAACAGGAACAAAGAAAAGUAUUGCAGAUUUUUUUUAACUGUUAAUUUAGACUAUCCCUCUGCACAGCUAAUACCACUUAGCUGCAUUCUGCUUCAAAGCAGAAUCAAUGUUGCUUUAAGUAACCUGAAGAGAACUUUGAGCUAUGCAAAUGUUUGUUAUAUCUUAUUCCUAGAAACACAUCCAGAUAACUACAGUGGAAGAUAACACUAUAGAGCACUUUAUUGCCUUUUUUUAUCACUUCUUUAUUUUUCAGCACUUUUUCCCUGAUAGAGCUUUACUAGCUGUGAAGAAAAAAAUCCCUUUCAACAGCAAAAUGAAAUGCUUGCAAGUGAUAGAUCCAUAUAUCAUACUACCAACUUUGCAUCAUUUUAGGUAGUCUUUUUAGUUUUCCAAUGCUCAAAGUACAAUGUAAUCAGAUUUCUAUUAGAAUUUGAGAAGAUAGGCAGGCUUCAUUUUUUCUCUCAGAAUUUCAUUUAUUUUUUUAGGCCCAUCAUCAUAUUUAUGGUUUUUGAUGUAUCAACAGUAAUAUUAAGAAAAUGAAAAUACUUAAUGACUGCUUUUUAAGAGAGAGAGAUUUAUUGUAAAGCUAUGAAUAUAAACUUUAAGAAUAUAUAUAGUCUUUAGGGACAACUAGUUGUAAGAAUUUGUGGGUACAAAAUUUAUUCUAUUGUUAUUGAUUUGUGGAUCUUCAGCCAACUAACUAGAGAAAUCUGCUCCUCUCUCCUUUCCCUUUUUCUUAUCUGCAUUCUGAACAGAUCCAGUAUUCACAGCAACCUAUUUUAUGGCCACCCACAAAUUCACAGUGCUGAUUUUUUUUAAAAAAAAAUUAUUAACAUUUAUCACCCUCAAACACUUCUGUGUUUCUGAAUAAGGAACACAUGCAUGUAUUCAUUCCUUCAUUUAAGUACUCAAUAUCCUUUAUCUACAAUUUAUACAGGAAUUUAGAUUUAAUUUUACUGCUUUAUUAAUAUAUACAUGUAGAAUAUUAACCUUUGGGAACAUUUUAACUAUUUCAGAUUUUAAGUGAACGGUGCACAAAAUGCAAAUCUAAAAUAAGAGGCUUUUUUGUAAGGCUUGCUGAGCUUUAAAAAUAAAAGAACACUAUCCUGCUAUAGUAUAAAUAUUACAUCUUUUAUCACAAACUUUCUGCUUUUUAAAGACAUUUAUCAAACAAAGCUUAGCUUUUGUUUUAAAGUAGAAGUCAAAAUACUGAUGUUAUAUGCAUUUCUCAAAGUCAAACUGGAAAUUAUUGAAAACUUCAGAGAUGCCUUAUUACACCUGAUUCAUUCAGGUGAAACACAAAAUUUCUAUUACAAGCAGAACUAUUAUAAUUUACUUUUCUUUCAAAUAAUGUUAUCAUAUGAUCUGUAGCACAUAGGACACUUAUUCCAGAAAGGCUUUUACAGUGAACAGGGAACUAAAGACUUCGGGUAGCCUUAGAGAAAUUACAAUUAAUAAUAAAGUACUGGAUUAAUGGAUAUCUAGCUGAGUGCAAUUUGCUCUGGUAACACAGGGGAUGCCUACUAUAGAAGUCAUGAUGUUUUUGCCUUGCAAAUAUCUUGGACUUCUCUAAGGGAAUCAUGAAGGAUGUGGAAAAGGGAGAUCCUGAUCCAAACAGCCUACAAAAAUUCUUCAAGAUUUUUAAAGAAAUUAAGUUGCCACAGAUUAAAAAGCAAUAUCACAAAUGAAAGUCAAAUAAAAUAUGAGAAACAUCCUAGGAAUAAAUGGUCAGUUCUUACUGUGGAGGCGAUCCCACUGGUGGGAACUUUGCAAAGGGCCUGUGCUGGAAUUUAUUUCAUUUAAAAUGCUAGCAAGAGAUAAAUAAACCAGGCUGAGAAGUGAGAUGCCAACACUGACUGCUCAGUGUUGCUGAAGAAUGGCUAUGGAUGCUAAAUAUGAGCAAAAGCAGGGAGCACAGUGCCUGUGGAAAAGCAGGCUGCAUAACCUUCUCAGUCUCACCUGAGAAAGUGGUCUGGGAAACAAUAAAGAGGAAUUAAAACAAUCCUCAGAGACAGAAAACAGCCUUGCAGGUGCUGUUUGUCAGUUUCGUGUUUUC